AGUCUGAGAGCGCGGCCCCGUAGAACCGGUCGCCUGAACCAUCGGUUGACGCUCAAUCACUUGCACAUUCCAAAUGAGGGCAUUAAGUAUUACCGUCGUCCUUGCAUUGAUAUCAGUAUGUAAAGCGGCACUUCCCCAGCUGCGCUUCGCAUGGAAACAAAUAGAUUACACUUGGGAUUCACCCGCCGAUCGUGAAAACGCCAUUAAAGAUGGCAUAUUUGAUCAGAAAAAUAACUUUCCAGUUGGUUUAGCUCGAUGGAAAAAUAAGGUCUUCGUUACAGUUCCAAGAUGGAAAAGUGGAGUAGCUUCUUCUUUGAACUACGUGGAUUUGGAUGGUCCCUCAGACCAACUGUUAAAGCCAUAUCCCUCAUUCAAAGAUAACCUGGUCCCUGAUAGUGCAAAGGCACCACCUUCGAACAGUUCUGUAAUAUCGGUAUUCAGAGUACACGUAGAUCCGUGCGACAGACUAUGGGUUAUGGACACAGGAUUUGCAGAUAUAUCCGGAGCUGGAAAUCUCAUUGUUGAGCCAUCUAUAAUCAUUUUUGAUUUGAAUACUGAUCAACUGUUACAUCGGUAUUUUCUCAAACCAGAGGAUAUGAAAGAGGAUAGCUUUUUUGCUAAUAUCGUUGUUGAUGUGGACAAAAACACUUGUGACAAUGCAUUCGCAUAUUUAUCUGACUUGGGAGGGUACGGUGUCGUCGUGUACAGUUUGAAGCAGGAUGCAUCCUGGCGCGUGUCGCAUCACUACUUCUUCUUCGAGCCGCUCUUUGGCUCCUACAACGUGGCUGGAAUCAAGUUCCACUGGACCGAUGGUGUGUUUAGUGUGGCUUUGUCAGAGCCCCGGGAGAACGGAUACAGAACAGCAUUCUUCCAUGCAAUGUCCAGUACAAAGGAAUUCUGUGUAUCCACAGAGUUGUUACGGAAUUACACCAAGCUUGACAAGUCUGAGGCGUUCCACGAUUUCAAGCUGCUGGGCGAUCGAGGUGAAAACACGCAAUCUUCUGCUAGUUAUUUUGAUGAAAAAACAAAAGUACUUUUCUAUACGCAGGUUAAUCGAGACGGUGUUGCUUGCUGGAACUCUAACAAGCCAUAUACUCCUGAAAAUAACCCUAUAGUGAUCACCGAUCCUAAGCUCUUUGAAUUUACUAAUGAUAUUAAGGUGGACAAUGAAAGCAAUCUCUGGAUGCUGUCUGACAAAAUGCCGCGGUUCAUCUACUCUAAUUUGGACUUGAAUGACAUUAACUUCAGGAUUUUCAGCAUUAGUACCACUGAAGCCAUUGUAGGCACCACUUGCCAAUAAUAUAGCAAUAUUUAACUUGCACUUGUCUGCAUAUAUGUUCACGUAUAAUGAGUUUAUGUAUAUUUUUAUUGAAAUAAAAACUUCAUAAAAUAUAUAAACAAAUGGUAUAAAAAGUAUGUUUGUAUGAUUCUAUUAUUAUUCUGGUUUAUUUGUAAAUGUUUAUAAUUUCAAUAAAAUGACAUGCUAAGAUUGUUUACUUGAUAUAAAAGAACGGAAUGUGUCUAUUUUAUUUAUUUGACAGCUACGCUUCACUAUCAGCUGUGUGUGUGACUUCAGUGUAUUUUUAAUUAUUUUGGAAUCAUAAAAUAUGGUAUAUUUGGUGUGUAUGUAUAGAAUUAAAUUAAAGUUUCAAUGACAUGUGUAACCACCGAUCAUUAUAACCAAUAUUUUUACCGGUAUCAAAAAAUAGUUCACAACAACAAUAUUUAUGUUUUAUGAAAUGUUUAAUAUAAAAAAAACGUUAAGUAUAGAAUAAAUUAUAGUAUUACAUGUACAAUUAAUUUUAAUGAAAAA